AUGAACAUCGCCGACAUUCUCUCAAGAUUAGUAAUUGACAAUCAGCAAGAUGGCACAUUCGAUGAUUCUUCGGAUGAACAUUUACUUUUUGUCCUGGAUGUUGCAAAUAUGGAAAUAAAUUGGAACCAAAUUGAAACAGAAGCAGAAGUCGACAAAGAGCUAAAUGAUAUUAGAGAGUCUUUGAAAACCAGUUUAUGGAAUACCGACCAUCAGGCAUACGAAUGCCAAGCCAAAUACAUGCGGGUGUUGGGAGCACUGGUUUUCAAGGAAGAUCGAGUAAUAUUGCCAUUCAAAUUAAGAGUACGGGCCAUGGAACUGGCACAUCAAGGUCAUAUCGGAGCUUCUUCCAUGAAACGAAUCUUGAGAAAUCAUUUUUGGUGGCCGGGUAUAGGCAAGGAGGUUCAACAAUAUGUUGACAAGUGCGAAACAUGUUUAAGGCUAUCAAAAAAAGAUGCUCCGCUUCCACUUACAUCAAGAGAAUUACCACAAGGACCGUGGGAAAUUUUACAAAUAGACUUUUACACGGAUAAGGAUUUUGGUUACGGAGAAUUCUUAGUAGUCGUGGAUACCUAUUCUAGGUACAUUCACGUUAUAGAAAUGAAGCAUAUCGAUGGCGACACAACUAACUCUGCUUUGCUGAAGAUUUUUGAAGUAUGGGGUUAUCCUCUGGCAAUACAGAGCGACAAUGGCCCUCCAUUUCAGAGUGACAAUUUUGUCAAAACAUGGGAAAACCGAGGCAUAAAGAUACGAAAGUCAAUUCCACUGAGCGCACAAUCAAACGGAGCCGUAGAAAGACAAAACGUUGGGAUUAAACAUGCUUUGGCGGCUGCCAAAUUGGACAAAGUCAACUGGAGGAAUGCCUUGGAAAAAUAUGUUCACACACAUAACAAAGUCCGUCCAUUGUCCCGUCUAGGCGUAACGCCUUUCGAAUUAUUAGUAGGCUGGAAGUUCCGAGGAACUUUCCCAUGUCUUUGGGAGACCAAUAAUACGGAGUCGUUAGAUCGUACGGACAUCAAGGAAAAGGAUGCAAUUUCUAAACUAAAAAGCAAAAAAUAUGCAGACAAUCAGAGGGGAGCGAAAGAUUCGGAUUUACAAGUAGGUGACACCGUUCUUGUCGCCAUACAGAAAUCGCAUAAGUCGGAUCCAGAGUUUUCGGCCGAAAGAUAUUCAAUAAUUGCAAGAGACGGUGCGCGAGUAAUUAUUCGCAGUAGAAGAGGGAUUCAAUAUGCCCGAAACGUUCAAGACGUUAAGAAGGUACCACAGUGUCUUGAAAAAGGAACUGACCAAAGCAAUACUGGGAGCAAUAAAUUAGAAAAAGAGGAUAAUAUACCAUGCAACAGUGAAAAUGAGAAAGGAAUCGAGGACCCUAUCAGUGGUAAUAUUCAAAUUUCUGAGCGACCAAAACGAACGACAAAAAAACCUAACAAACUCAAGGAUAUGGUUCUGUUUACUAUUUUUGAAUGAUGUAAAGAUCUUCUCGUACGGCCUUGAGAUAAUUACAUCGGACCACAUCAUUCGCAUGCACUAAGUUUUC